AUGACGGUGAUGGAUGCAUGUAUUGCUUUACCCCUAGCUGUACUUCCUGAAGGAAAAGCCAGACUCCUUCUUGGCUUGGGAGACCCUGCUGGUGGGAUGGAGGAAAUGGGAUUCGUUGAUGCUGCUGCAUGCAAAGGGUGUGCACCACCAUGUGUAUGUCCGGGACAGAAAGGCGAAAAGGGCGGCAUCGGAUUCCCUGGCGAAAUAGGUUAUCCUGGAGCGCCUGGACUGGAUGGACCCGAAGGAUCACCUGGUGCACCAGGAAUGAUCGGAGCUGAAGGUGAUUACGGUGACGUCGGUCCGAAAGGAAUGCGUGGUGACAGGGGUCUCCCAGGAGCUCCCGGACAUCCAGGUCUUCCUGGACUCGACGGACUUCCAGGACUUAAGGGAGAGGAAGGGAUUCCAGGAUGCAAUGGAACUGAUGGUUUUCCGGGACGACCUGGGAUAGCAGGUCCUCCAGGGCCACCUGGUCCACCUGGCGCACCGGGAAGACCCGGACUUCCAGGACCACCAGGAGAAGGAGGAAUAAAUUCUGUAGGCCGAAAAGGAGCGAAAGGAGAAACAGGUCGACCCGGUAUUCCCGGUCUACCUGGACGUGAUGGUUUGACCGGAAUGAAGGGUUGGAAAGGUGACCCUGGUCCACACGGUCCACCAGGUUUUCCCGGACCUCCUGGUCAGAAAGGACGCAUGGGUGCUCGUACACCUGGUGUGAAAGGCGAAAAGGGAUUACAAGGACCACCUGGUUUACCCGGACCACCUGGAACGUUUCCUGGAGCUUCUGCACCGGAAGAAAUUGAGGUUCUCCAAGGACCGGUGGGACCCCAAGGUGUAAAAGGAGAAAAAGGUCGCGAAGGACCAAUUGGACCUCCUGGAAUGAUGGGUGUGAAUGGCCCCGACGGUUACCCUGGACUGAAAGGACAGAAAGGAGACCCAGGAGACGCCGGAAACAGAGCAAGAAAAGACGGAGUGCACGGCCAAUUCGGUGAGAAAGGAUCUCAAGGAGAACGGGGCCUUCCAGGACUUCCUGGGUAUCCAGGACCUAAGGGAGAAGCGGGAGAACCGGGAUAUCCUGGACGACCAGGAAUCGAAGGAGAUGUUGGGCCUCCGGGUCCCUUUGGAGAAGGUCACGGCGCUGCUGGUGUGCGCGGACUUCAAGGACUGGAUGGAGUCCCUGGACCUAAAGGACUACCGGGAAAAGAUGGAUUGCCUGGACCUGUUGGUUUAAGAGGGCCCGUAGGUGCACCUGGUCCCCAAGGACCUCCUGGACUGGAUGGCUUGCCUGGAUAUUCAGAAAGAGGAGAUCGUGGAGAUGACGGCUACCCAGGACGCCCCGGUGAGCCCGGUAUUCCAGGAGAAGAAGGAGAUUGUGGUCCACCUGGUGAAGAUGGAUUACCUGGCUACGACAUCCAAGGGCCACCUGGGAACGAUGGCAUACCCGGAAGAGAUGGAUACCCGGGAAUUCCCGGCAUCGUAGGAGAGCCGGGCUACCCUGGAGAAAAAGGAUUCCCGGGAAAUGGAGUGAAGAAAGUAGGACCACCUGGACAAAUUGGUCUCAUUGGACCUCCGGGAGAAAAUGGUCGAAUUGGGAUCGAUGGACCACCAGGAAUUCCCGGAGAAAAAGGACCUAAAGGCGAUGACUGUGGUUACUGUCCAGACGGGCUACCUGGUAUGAAGGGAGAACCGGGGCUACCAGGAAUUGACGGAUACCCAGGACAUCCCGGUCCUGAUGGCGAGAGUGGUGAGUGUGGAUUAAAAGGACAGCCAGGAAAACCAGGACUACCAGGACCAGAUGGACUUCCUGGUUCUGUUGGACUACCAGGAAUACCUGGUUACCCAGGUUUGAAAGGCGAAGCAGGUGAAAUCAUCGGUCCAAUGGAGAAUCCGCCAGGAGUCGAUGGACCAAAAGGAGAACGAGGAAUUCCCGGUUUAUCGGGAAGACAAGGGAAUCCUGGUCUUGACGGAAUUCCUGGUCUACCAGGCCCUGAUGGCUUGCCAGGAUACCCAGGAGAAAAGGGUCUGCUUGGUAUUGACGGGAAGCGAGGCAGAGAUGGGCAGAUUGGCCUCCCCGGUCUCCAGGGUCCACCUGGAGACAGUUAUCCAGGACAGCCAGGUUUUCCUGGACAAAAGGGCUUGAGUGGAGAUGCCGGAUACCCUGGAUUGCCCGGAUCGAUGGGACCACCAGGACCUCCUGCUCCGCAAGAGUUUUCCCAAGGAAAGCCAGGAUCCGAUGGCCUUGAUGGAGCGCCAGGAUUAAAAGGAGAAAGAGGUGUUGACGGAUUGCCUGGAUUGCCCGGACAGCCAGGAAGUCAAGGAUACCCUGGAUUACCUGGAGAAAGAGGAGAUAAUGGUCUCCCUGGAUUUCCAGGUCUUCAAGGGAAACCAGGAUUGAGAGGUCUCCAGGGCGACGCGGGCUUAAACGGCGAAGAAGGAGAUUGUGGUGAACAAGGGGCAGAUGGUUUACCUGGCCUUCCUGGAUUUCCAGGAGAAAAAGGAGAACCUGGCUAUGGAUACCCAGGAGCUGCUGGUUAUCCUGGUCCUAAAGGAGAACAAGGCGACAUGGGCUUUCCGGGACAAAAUGGCGUACAAGGAAUGCCGGGUCUCCCAGGACCGCCCGGCUAUCCUGGAGAGCCCGGAACACCUGGUCUGGAUGGACCACCUGGACCUGAUGGAUUCCCCGGAGAGAAAGGACUGACCGGCAUUGAUGGAAAGCGUGGACGUCCCGGAUUACAAGGGCCUUCUGGCUUUCCGGGAUUGCCUGGUCUGAAAGGAGAAGCAGGUCUUCCUGGAUUAAACGGAGCACCAGGAUCUUCCGGCCCACCUGGGGACAUGGGCGAACCUGGAUACCCUGGAGAACCAGGACCUCGUGGAGCGGACGGAAUUCCCGGCGAAGAUGGUUUGAUAGGGUUUCCGGGUUUACGCGGAAUGCCUGGCGACAACGGAUUACCAGGUGCUGCAGGACUACCUGGAGAAGAUGGAGAUAACGGUAUCGACGGUAUUCCCGGACUACCAGGACCACCAGGAGAGGAAGGAUUACCUGGACGACCAGGUCUUAAUGGUGCUCCAGGAUUAAAGGGGGAAAUGGGUGAACCGGGAUUACCCGGUACUCGCGGUUAUCCCGGCGAACCAGGAACUCUUGCACACUCAGGACCUCCUGGUGAUGUCGGUUAUCCAGGACCAGAAGGACCUACUGGUUUGCCGGGUCUGGACGGUGUCCCCGGAUUAAAGGGAGAAGUAGGUGAACCCGGUGACAGUUACCCAGGGUUGCCGGGUGCUCCCGGCCCUGAAGGAACACCUGGUUACGACGGCACAGACGGAGCUCCAGGACAACCGGGUCAUCCUGGGCUCACCGGAAUUCCCGGAAUCAAAGGAGAGAGUGGCGAACCGGGCUACCCUGGCGCACCCGGAGCAGAUGGAUUACCUGGUGUACCUGGAGUCGAAGGAGACUGCGGAGACGAUGGAUUGCCAGGCUUGCCUGGCCUACCAGGGCCUCCGGGAUUCCCAGGACCAGAAGGACAAAAAGGAUACCCGGGUUUGAGUGGAGAUGCUGGCCUACCAGGUCUUCCUGGUGCCCCAGGAUUGGCUGGCUUGAAAGGCGAAAGAGGUGACGUAGGUCUACCUGGAUACAAUGGAGUGCCAGGAGAAGUCGGACCUCCCGGUGACAUGGGUAUGCCUGGAGCUCCGGGUCCUAAAGGUGAUCUAGGAUUGCCUGGACGUGAAGGACCACCUGGUUUCAAAGGAGAGAGAGGAGAGUCAGGGCUUCCUGGCUAUCCUGGAAAGGACGGAUUGCCUGGACCAAUAGGUCCUCCUGGAGAAGAGGGCUAUCCAGGACCGCCUGGAAAAGACAGUUAUGGACAACCAGGCGGAGUUGGAGAACCUGGUUUGCCAGGUUUAGAUGGUUUACCUGGAAGUCCUGGACCACUUGGUGAGCGAGGAGAUGGUGGACUCCCUGGAACACCCGGCCCUUCAGGACUGCGUGGAGAACCUGGUAUUCCAGGAAUUCAAGGUGAAGUGGGACUGAUGGGAAUCGAUGGAAAAAGAGGCCACGACGGAGCACCAGGAGCGCCUGGUUUGCCCGGUCUAGAUGGUAUUCCUGGGGCGCCCGGCGAUUGCGGUGACGAUGGUCUACCAGGAGAACUAGGGCGUAGCGGACCUCCAGGAUUCCCGGGAGGACGAGGAGAACCUGGUGCACAAGGGUAUCAAGGACAACGUGGUGAAAACGGUCUUCCUGGUUUACCAGGAAUUCCUGGAGUUAAGGGAGAUCGCGGUGAUGACGGUCUUCCCGGCUUACCUGGAAUCGAUGGUCUCCCUGGUCGAGAAGGAGCUCCUGGAAUACCUGGGCCACAAGGAAUCGUAAGAGCCGGUGACAAAGGAGAACCAGGAGAACCAGGUUGGCCAGGAGAAAAAGGGUAUCCUGGAUUGAAAGGAGAUAACGGUCUUCGUGGACCACCAGGUAAAGCCGGGUAUCCAGGAGCACCUGGACUGGCUGGUGUACCUGGACUUCCAGGAUUACCCGGGCUCAAAGGAGAAGUUGGGCAACCAGGAAUUAUUGGCAACACUGGUCGUCCAGGUCAGCUUGGAAGUCCAGGACUUCCGGGACUACCAGGUGGCCCGGGACCAUGGGCUCCGUCAAGGGGCUUCACGUUCACUAAGCAUUCUCAAAGCACACAGAUUCCGCAUUGCCCUGAUGGAGCGACACCACUAUGGACCGGCUACUCACUUCUCUAUGUGCAAGGAAAUGGCAGAUCCAGUGGACAGGACCUUGGUCAACCGGGAUCUUGCCUGUCGAAAUUCAACACGAUGCCGUUUAUGUUCUGCAAUCUGAAUAGCGUAUGCCACGUGUCGAGCAGAAAUGACUACUCGUUCUGGUUGAGCACUGAAGAACCAAUGACACCUAUGAUGAAUCCGGUUUCCGGUACCGCCAUUCGGCCGUACAUCUCACGCUGUGCCGUCUGUGAGGUUCCAACACAGAUCAUUGCUGUUCAUUCACAGGAAACUACUAUUCCGCCAUGUCCAGUUGGAUGGAGAGGAUUAUGGACCGGAUACUCAUUUAUUAUGCACACCGCAGCUGGUGGUGAAGGUACUGGUCAGUCCCUACAGUCACCUGGUUCUUGCCUGGAAGAGUUUCGUGCAGUUCCAUUCAUCGAAUGUCAUGGCCGAGGCACAUGCAAUCACUACGCCACUAAUCAUGGAUUCUGGCUUGCUAUUGUCGAUAAUGACAAACAGUUUCGCAAGCCGAUGUCCCAAACGCUCAAAGCGGGAGGCUUGAAAGAUCGUGUGUCGCGUUGUCAAGUCUGUUUGAAAGGUCGAUAA